AUGUUGCGCAAGAGCAUGCUGGACGUGACGCAGCGGGCGACGCAGUCGCAGGCGCUCAAAAAGCUCACGGCAGGCUACGAGCUGCUACCAGCAUCGGAUAAUGGUAUCUGCUACAUUCUAUGGGCAGCGGACCCCACACAUAACAAGCCCAAGCCGGCGGAAGUCAAGGACGCCAAACCAAAGGCGUUCCGCAACCCCUUCUCCAAGGAGAACCUGGAGCAGGAUUUGUUCGUGACGCAACUCCACGGCACGCACAACCUCGUGCUUAACAAAUUUAAUGUCGUCGAUGAGCACGUGGUUCUUCCUACGAUCGAGUUCGCACCGCAGGAAGAACCACUGAAUGCCGCCGAUUUUCGAGCCAUGUGGACUGCAAUGGAGGGCCUCGACGCCUUCGCCUUCUUCAACUGCGGUUUCGAGAGUGGUGCCAGCCAGCCGCACAAGCACAUGCAGCUCAUGACGUAUCCGUCCAUGAAAGUGAUCACGGGACUCGACAUGCCACCGUUGCUGCACUUCAUCGACCAAAAGUUGCACGAGUAUCCAAUGACAGAGACGGUUCAGCUGCCAGAGCUUCCGUUCUGCCAUUUCCUCCAUCGCAUCGAUAUCGCCAAUGAUGUUGACAGCGAGAAGGCUGCCGCACACAUUGGUACUAUCUAUGACAAAGUCCUCCAGCAGAUGAACGGCAUAGAAUAUCCGAGACCGGCGGCCACUUCAUCGGCACCGUCCUCCCUACUGGCCUACAACCUGCUUCUUACGUCGUCCUUCCUCUUCUUGAUCCCGAGGAAAGCACAAAGCUUCAACGGCAUCGAAGUGAACUCGAUUGGAUUCAUUGGGUCCUUUUUCGUGCGCAACAACGAGCAACGCGUCUUCUUCGAGACCCACGGUGGACCUAUGGAGCUGUUGCGUCAAGUGACUUUUCCACUGUUACCUGUUGCCGAAUAG